ACAUUAAUAAUGUCUGACUGCUCUUUAUGUCUUACUGUAUCAUAAACUUUGUCCUAUUUAGCAGGAUUAACACUGCUGCACUUUGUACUUAGUCACACCAUAAAGUUUCUCCUAGUCAGAGUAUAGGAUGGACAUAAAAGCUGUAAUGUAGUGAUUGCAGGUCCUUAUUUUGUUCACUAGUGCCUUGAUAAUGAAUGUAAAUGCUCCUUAAGUCUUCUAAAGGGCAGAAAAACUGCAAAAAAGUGAAAUAAAGGAAUGUUAGAUUGUCCACAAAGCUUGGUGAUUAUACUUCCACAAAGUUUGUUUCAGUAUCUGUACAAAUGCCGCUAUGCAACAGUGUGGGAAUCUCCCUGCGGGGAGCUCUGUCCUAGACACACAGGCAUGCCUGCAAUCGAGCUAACAGGGGGUUAGUCUAAACUUAGAGUCCCUAACCCCCUGUCUCAUAUUACUCUCCGCUAACUCCUGUACCACAUUUUCCGAAUCUACAAACCCCGGGUUGUACACAUACGCAGUCCCAAACACCUCAAUCAAACCCUGCUCGGCAUGCAUGUGAACACAGCCAGACAGACACUGCUGACACCAUAUGUUUCUUAUUAGGCUGAAUGCUAUUGUCAUGGACUGCCGAGUGUCACAAUUGCAGCCCAGGCUUUUGCUGUGGUUUCAGACUGUGUGGAAACUGCAAGGUUGUUUAUGGUAUGUGGUCAUUGGACUCGUCAAUCCCUGUCAUUACAGGUGAUACACACUGUGCUUGUGGGUCAACAUUCCUUUAAUCAUAUGUGUGCUGAUUAUAUGAGGCUGUAGUAGUGCUGUGCAGGGCGUGCAGUCAUUCAGAGGAGGGAGGUUUUGACCCUCCUUCUGACAGGAAACAUUAACUAGAUCAACAGGUGUUCAACUAAGAUGUGAUUUAGGCUUAUUGUAUACAGCACCACUAGCAACACAUUGUUUUCACUGACAAUCUCUGUAUGUUUGAAAGUGGAUGCCACUGGAGACAACCAAUGCCCCUUGUGCAGCAUUCGGAGCAAACAAAGGGCCAAGCAUGUGACCGCACAUAUCAGCCUUGAGCAGUCUGUGUUUAUUAGAUUAGAGAGAAUCUGUUGCACUAUGAGAAACAAGCAGGGGAGUCUUAAGAGUGUCAGGAUAUGCCCUGACACGACUAUGGCCUGUUUACGGCUUUCUGCCUCACAAGAUACACACACACACACACACACACACACACACACAGAUUCGAUCAUGACCAGUCAGCCGCCACAUAAACAAGAUGAAAAGACUGGUCUCAGACAGAGAUAUCAGCCUCUAUGUCUCCAGCGUGUUCAAGCAGUGGAACAAUCAGGGCGCAAAGGAGGAAGGAACUGUAUGCAUUUGUUUCCCACAAUCACAGAUUAACAAGCCAUGGCAGCUGACAGAAGUCACAGACAGCAUUAUGCACAGAGCAUCUCACCCUCUGUAAUGUAACACUAAGUUGUUCCAAUCAAAUCAUCAUCCUGUUGUGUGUGUAAUUAUCAUUAUGUUUGAAAGAGCUGGGAAUUUAUGAGGCAGAAAUAUACUAGGAAGUUGCAUUAUGGGAAAUGUAGUUAUACAAAUCCCAACCUCUUCUUCAGUUUUGACUAAUCUUUCUUUAAUCAUAUUUUCACAAGCCCCCAUCUUCAUGAAAGCACAAUGCUAAAUCACUAGUGUCCCUUUAAGGACUCUUCAGAUCAGUAUAGUGUUAGUUCACUACUGACAACCUGCAGCCUCCACACAAAACAGAUACAUCUGAACCCCUUAAGGUUACAUUUAUCUGCGCAUACAGCUUCAGUCUGACAUCAUCCCAAUAAAAAGGGUCUCCUCUACUCUCAGAUCUACAGGAGUUUGUUUCUAGAGUGGUGUAUUUAUGUUAAUUUUAUUUCCUUUUACAUGUAGAUUAAUAAAGCUUGAAAUUCAGUUUGCAGGGCAGUGGGGGGAGGGGGGGGGGGUUCUCUCAUACAGCAAGAGUAAUUCAGUUUUGUUCAAAAUACACCAUAUAGCACACUGGUUCAGCUUGUUAGAUGCAAGCAUUAUGGGUGCGGGAAACAGCAUUAAAAAGUGCUGUAACUGGGGCGUCGGUAGCGUAGUGGAUAGCGCUGGCGCCCCAUGUACAGAGGCAUCGCCUCGCUGCAGCAGCCGCGGGCUCAAAUCCAGCUUGCGGCCCUUUGCUGCAUGUCAGUCCCCACUCUCUCUCUGUCUCCCCAUUUCACUCUCUGUCCUGUCAAUAAAGGCAAAAAGCCCAUAAAAAUAAUCUAAAAAAAAAAAAAAAAAAGUGCUGUAACAUUUCACAACAAAUGUAUUCCCCAUUAUUUCAAGCAAAAUUAUACAGGCUCAGAAUGUAAAUCAAGUUUUUAAUAAUUUGGCUUAUAUUGUAUUAGCCUAUUCUAUUUCAUGACAUUUUUAUAAAACAUUUCCACAUUAAAGGCACUGUGUUGCAGUAUCUUUUUCUUUAUCCUAUUAUAGAGUAACAUAAUCUGUCUUUUAGCUACAGUAUCAUUAGAAUUAUUAGAUUCUACUGAUAUCAGCUUGUAUUUUUUUAAAGUUACACAAGUAAAUGGACUGGAUUGUAUAGUGCUUUCCUACUCUUCCGACCACUCAAAGCACUUUUACACUACAUGUCACAUUCACCCAUGCACAUACACAUUCACACACUGAUGGGUGAGGGUACCGUACAAGCUGCUUCUGCUGCUACUCAGUGAGCAUUCACACACACUAACACACUGAUGGAGCAGUCAUUGGAAGGAAUUUGGGGUUUAGUGUCUUGCCCAAGGAUACUUCAAUGUGCAGACUGAAGGAGCCGGGGAGUGAUCCGCUGAUCUUUCAAUCGGUGGACACUUUACCUCUGAGCUACGGUUCAAGAGAUACAUACACACACACUCAUAAAGUAGCAUAGUAACAAUACCAACAUGUAAGGAAAAAGAGCAACUAAUUAGAACAAUUGAGGAAAAAAAACAAAUAUACAAAUCAUUUAAAAAUACAGCAAAAAAGAAUUUCCGAAAAAUAUAUAGUGUUGUAACUGUAAGUGUUAUUGUUACUUCAAAGUGCUUAAUAUGCAUAUACAUACAAACAUACCCAUAUCUAUGGACACAUAUAAAGAUAUAUCUACACAUAAGCACAUAUACAUCACAUACACGUUUACACAUACCAUACUCAUCCAUUUACAUAAACAUCACAUAUUUUGGAAUAUGUUCAGUUGUACAAACAAAACAGACAUGGUUUGUAUUUACAUCCCAGCAUUAAUAACCUCUUCGAAAUCUGGAUUCUUCUGUCAAAUUCUGACGUUCUUUUUUUUUUUUCUUAACUCCUUCCACACCUUGAUGUUUUCUUCUAAUGGAGUUGAAAGAAAUUAUAUUGCAGAAUUAUUUUUCUUUCAACUGAUGCUGUGCUUCCUAUUGAGAGCCUCUAUGAAUAAGGAGGUGGGGAUUUGUUUUGCUGCUGCCCUGCUACAGGUUGUUGUUAUACAUGCCAUCAUGACACACCCAGAUGAGACACACCAUGCCAGACACAGCUUUAAAAAUCUGGCACUAUCGGGGCAUUUCAUUACCCCCUGAGUGAGCCCAUUGUGCCAGAGCAUUACUGACCCAUUACACCAGUGUACCUCCAUCAAACUAGAGGCCCCUGCUUGUCUACACACUGUGUGCUGUGGAGAACAUCAACAGUUUAAGAAUUUCACCCUCUGCACUACAGGCUACUUCCUUGUCAGAUGGUAAAGGGUCACAUGAGGUCAGUGAUUCGGGCUUUCCAUUACAGCAUGUUUUGUUGUACACACAUCCCUCUUUACAUCACAGUGAAGCCUUAAAUAACCAAAACUCCCUCAUCAUCCAGUCUCCACCUUGGAUCUCCAUCCUCAUCUUCAUGGUGACCUUACAGUGCAGGGUGAUGCUGUCCUGGUGUGUUCAUGUCAUAUCAUCUAUCCGUUACCCAUCUAACAGCAAAAGGUAGAGUUGUGUUGAAGUGUGGGAUGUGGAUAAAGUGAUCCUCGAUCUAUGCCACCGGGCAACGCUCAUCCCCCCUCGCUGUGACCUUGCAGCCUGUCCCCGUGUGGCAUUGCCUUACAGUGCCUCAGCACUACAUUCUCCCAGCAACACACACAAAAGACACACACACUGUCUUUGUGACACACAUUCUGUGCAUAUUUUCACUGGCACACAUAAGUGAACACACAGGGAAACUCUAACUGAGGCCUGCCCCCCACACACAUACACACCACACACACUCAUACCAAUCGCAGAGAGUGCUUUGUGCAUUCACUGACUGGGCAGCUACUGAAGAGAGAGAGAGGGAGGCUGGUGGGAGGAGGGAGAUGAAGACAGCAAGAGACAGAGGGAUUACAAAGAGAAGCAGACCCAGACAGAUAGAGGAGAAGAAGAGAUAAGAGUUGCAGUGGGACAGAGGAGACACAUCCAGUAAACAGUAAGCGGUGGAAAGGCAGGGUGAAGGGGACAGGAAAGGCAAUACAGGAAUAGGAAGGGAAACAGGGCUUGUCCAACAGAGAGGAAGAGAGUAGGUUGUUGUUGUUAAAGAGGCUGGGGGGAACUGAUGGGAUGGCAUUGAUCUCUGGGAGCUGCCGGCUCCUGGGCCAGAUGGCGUCUUGUUGCUGCAGACCGCUGCUCAACUCCUGCUGCUGUGGACCGUUCAUCAAAGUCUGCCUCUCCUCCUUCACAGACAUCUCUCCUGCUGAGCUGGAUGCUCUUUGGAGGGAACCACCGUAUACUCUCGGGGGAGCAAAUGAGCACUUCCCAGGAAAUGACAUCAUGACUCAAGGUGCAGGUGAGGAGGAGGAUGGUCCAGUGGUGGAGUCAGGUGAAGGAGGGGUGGAGCCUGACAGCUACUGGAAAAAGAAGGAAGCCUUCCUCAGAGGAAGCACUGUCUCACUGGGAGAGAAAUUCUCCUCAGAAAUUGUGCUGCUGUUCACUGGGCGGAGGCGCUCCAGUGUGGCUCCUGACCGAGCCCUACAGGAGGCGCUGCGCACCCGACUCCGAGUGGUGGAGAGCAACAGCCAAGACGUCAUCCAGCUCUUUAAAGACUUGUCUGCACGUCUGGUUUGUGUCCACGCUGAGAAGGAUAGCUUUGUGCUCACAUUUAAGACAGUGGAGGAAAUAUGGAAGUUUUCAACUUACCUAGCAUUAGGUUUUGUGGCUCGCUGCUUGGAGAACUUCCUGUGUGAUCAGUCCUUCUGGCUGGACCCAGAGCUGCUCAGUGACCUACAGAUCAGUGUAACUGUGGACGAAGAACAUCUGGCCACCCUCUACCUGGGACUGUUACUCCAGGAGGGAUCCUUCUUUGCCAAGGCGCUAUUCACAAGAAGCGAGCAGGAUGAGGACGACGAAGAGCAGCUGUCGUUCAAAAAGAAUGACUUGCUGAUGGUGAGGGACACAGGGCAGGACAACAUGUGGGAGGGCACCAUGCUCUCCACUGGAAACCACGGCCUGGUUCCACUCAACGCCAUGCAACCGCUGCCUUACCCCUUCUAUCAGUGGUUCCUGAGGAAGUACCCGGGCAAUGCUGGAUGCUCACCAGCAGAAAAGGAACCAUUCGAACAUUCAAUUGUGACAGGUUCCUGUGUAGCAGUAGUCGACUACAGUCCAGUUGGCCCAGAUGAGCUUCAGCUGAGUCAAGGUGACAUUGUGGAGAUCCAGGGUCUUCUAGUCCGAGGCCUGGGUGUGUUCAUUGGAACACACACUUCCACAGGUCACACUGGUUUUGUACACAAGGCCCACGUCAAGCCACUGGACACCGAACCCCUAGACGCACGGUUGGUCUUUCUGACUGAGGAGGAGAGGGCCAGCCUUGCUCAAGUUAACCCGUGUAGCUCUGAGCCAAGUGACAGCGGCCUGUUGGAAAGACUCUUCUCGACCGACAUCAGCUCUGUAUACAGGCUAGACAGACUGGACGAGACUGACUUCAUGUACAUCAGGAAUCGGCCAAAACAUGAACUUAAGAUUCCUGCAAGCGCUCGUCAGAGCGUCAUGUCAGAGAAAAGCGGAGGAACGCCACCGUAUCACUCCUCUCCUCGCGCCUCUCUCUCUCAUUCCUCCCCUCGUCUGUCCCUCUAUCAGUCCCACAAUCCUCUACCACGCGAGGGAGAGCGCCUGUCCUUUACUCUGGAUGACACAUUCAGAGAGAUGGAUGAGUUCCAGGAAGACCCACCUCUCUUCUUGGAGGAGAACAGCUGGGAGGGGGAGGACUCAGAGUUCAGUGACCCGACACUGACCCUGCUGAACCACGAACACUUCCAGGAGGACUUCCUGCCGCUGUACGACCUGCAGUAUUCCUUCCUGUGGGUGACCUUCAGCGGCAAGACUGAGGACGAGCUAUCGGGGCACCUGGAGAGUGUCAGGGAGUGCGCCAAGAGGAUGGGCCUGCACUGGGCACAUCGACGGGCAUGCUUCCUCCUGGGGAGACUCUGUGCCAGAAAGCUGAAGUUCUCCCAGGCCCGUGUGUACUACGAGGAGGCUCUCAGUGUUCGUGUGGACAGUUUCUCUGACACGCCGCUCCUCAUCGCUCUUUUCACAAACCUCACUGCCGUCUACCUGAAGCAGCGUAUGACCGACAAACUGCCGCAGACUCUGGAGAAGGCGAGUGCCCUGCUCCUCUGUCUCCCCUGCCACACCUUCACCUCCACCGACGAGCUUGAGCUGCUGCAGCUGCUCCUGAGGAGAUCGGUGGUGAUGGGGGACAAACACCUGGAGGCUCGUGUCUGCUACCUUGUGUCCAGCCUCUUCCUGUUUCUCAGGAAGACUGAUGACGCCCUUCCCUUCGUUGAGCGACUCCAGUUUCUCGCUGUGACUUUCUCUGCCACCAAUGGGGCUCCCAUAGCUCCCUUGGACCUUAACUGGCUCUUGAGCUGGCUAUAUCAUCGUAAAUACAUGCCUUACUUAGCCCUGGCCUCUCUGAGCCUGGACUCAAGACAAGACCACUCCCUCCACGAUGCUUUCCAGAGGAUUGAGUUGUUUAUCAGGAACUCUGUUCGCCUGAACCCAUGCUGGAGGGAAGGAACCUCCUUGCUCCCUGCCCAGAUUGUGAUCUACCUUCAGCAGGCCCUGAUUAUAGCUGAGCAAGGGGAGGACAUGAAGACACAGAGGGACCUGUGUCAGGGCUUGGCCACUGUCUACCAGCAGUAUGAUGCUCUAGAUAAGGCUGUGCGCUGUGCUCAACAAGCUGUGGAGACCGGGGGCCACAUCAAUGAGGAGGAGAGCUUUGAGGCCUCUGUGUUGCUCGGGUGGCUGCUGGUGUUGACAGGCCAGGCUGAGAGGGCCCAGAAUGUCCUACAGCCACUGCUCACAUCACUCCAGGGCACAGACAGUCCCACGCAGCGAGGAGUGAUCCACAACCUCUUGGCUUUGUGUUUGAGGCGGCAGGGUCGAAUCCCAGAGGCAGGCUGGCAUCUCCACUCUGCCCUGCUGAUUUCCAGGGAAAGUGGAAACCAAAGGAACCAGGCCCUUGCACUGGCCAACCUGGGCUGCCUGGCUUUGGAUGUUGGGGCAUCUACGGUGGCAGAACGCUUCCUGGUCAGAUCCCUACGUCUUUUUCUGGAGCUGUGGGAAAGCCCCACGGACGAGGAGCACGUUCAGACCUACCUUUGGCUGGGGCGGAGCUACAAAGACAGGAGGAAGAGUCAGGACAGCAGGGCGUGUUAUGAAAUGGGGCUGCUAAUCGCACUACAUGCCAGAAACUUACACAGUCAGAUGGUGGUGGCCAAGGUGCUGAGUCGACUGUAUGAUGACAUGUUACUGUACGGCCAGAGCAUCGUCUACUAUGAGCACUGUGUAUCAGUAUCCAGAGAGCUGAAGGACAAGAGACUGGAGGGAGAGUAUCUGGAAAUCCUCAGCAGCCUCUACCUCUCACUCAACACUGAAAAAUCAUCUCGUAAAUCUCUGGACUACACCAAGCAGAGCCUGAGGAUUUCUAUUGAUUUGGGCAAGAGAGAAGAAGAGUCAGAGACGUGGCUGCAGGUGGGACGCAUCUACUACCUCAUCCAGGAGGACGAGCUAGCUGACAUGUACCUGCAGGCAGCAGUGAAGACAGCCCUGAGGAUGAAUGACCAUCACUUUGCCAUGAGCAUCUACGAGGAGGCAGGAGACGUCUACUUUAAAGGCCACAGGAACAGGAUGGCUUCACUGCCUUUCUACAGGGAUGGCAGUCUGCCAUUUGCACGGAGCAUCAGGGACGUCCACUCAGAGUUCCGUUUGUUGAGUAAACUGACAGAGCUGUUAAUGACCCAGGGAGAGCAGGAGGAGGCUCUGCAGUACGCAACACUGGCUGUUCAGAUUGCCAGCAAAACAGGUGUGCAAGUGAAUGAGAGGACAGCCUACCACCGGCUGGCUACAGUCUACUACAACCUGCAGCAGUAUGAGAUGGCAGAAAACUACUACCUCAAGUCCCUGUCCCUCUGCCCGCCUGUCCUGCAGGACCCCAUGGAGGCCCGGUACUACACCAAGGUGUACUGCAGACUGGGCAAUCUCACUCUACACAAACUGAAGGAUUCUUUUGAUGCGGUGGGCUACUUCCAGUUGGCUCUGGCAGCGGCGCUGGAGGACCAAAGUAACCCCGAGGCUCUGUACGUGGUGUACAUGAAGCUGGCUGAGAUCCACGGCAACCACAUGCCCGAUCCUCAACUGUGCCAAGUUUAUAGAGACAGAGCCCAGAGUCUGAAGAGAAUUCUGGCUGGGGAGGAAGGCGCUGCUGUUGUAGAGGAAAACAUGGCGGAUGCAGACACAGAGCUGGGCCAAAAGAAGGAAGAGGACUCCGGUGCUGAUAUGGAACGUACAGAAAGUUUGGUUAAGAGAAACGGUGUUUUCACAUCUACACCUGAAAAUAAAAAACAUGACGACAACUCAUUUCCAAGAACUUCUUUUAUCAGUGAAGACAAAGAGGACAGACAUGCAGACACUGACACUGGAGAUACUAAUGGGAAAGAUCACAGCAAUAAUCUCGAUGCAGAUGGCCCUUUUGUGGAUGCCUUCGACACACAAACCAUCGCCAGUCAGUCCUACAGUGACAGUAUUCUUACUGAGUCCUUUGAUACAGCCAAGGAGCAGAUCUCAGACUCCAGCAGCUCCACUGAUACUUUACAAACUUAUCAGAAUCAAACAGAUGGGACAGAGUUUGAUACUGACCACAGCAUGCCCAGUCAAAUACACAUAAGUGACAUCACAAGACACAGAGACAGCCACAACACAGAUUCUGAUAUUCAGGAUGAACAAAACACCCCCACUAAAGGAACUCACACAGAUCCUUUUCAAAAGGAUGUCAGUGAUGAGGACAAUCAGUCUGAUAUUAACCGAGAUUGUUAGCAUAGCAACAACACAGAGAGAGAUACAUGUGAAACUGGUGACACACACACACAGUCUACACAUAGUCUCCUAUUGGCACUUUAUGUUCUUCACUGACAUUUCCUCUGUCUGGUCACAUGUGUCUUGACCAGCAAACUGACUCCAACGUUCCAGCCACGUGGCACUUAUUGUAGGACAGAUGAUGUCAAUACUGUUAAGUUUUCAGAGAUUUACUGACAUUGAAGCAUGUGCCUUUUGUAUAAUAUGUUCUGUGGUUAUUACAGUGCAUUGUGCUUGUAAUAUAUGUUUUCUAAGUGUAUGUUUUUGUAUCUCUGGAAGAUAUGACUCAAACAUAAAGAAUGUUAUUUUCUUUGCUGAGA